UUCCAUUCUGAAUGAAUUUUCCUCUUGGUUGAAUCUCUUGUGCUUCUGAUCUUCCAUUCUGAAUGAAUUUUCCUCUUAGUUGAGUCUCUUGUGCUUCUGAAUCUUCCAUUCUGAAUGAAUUUUCCUCUUGUGCAUAGUUAGCGAGAAUCUCAGCGCAGAAUUCAAAUGGGAACCGCAAGUUCCCGUUGAUUUCCUCUCAAAGCAAAGGAUUUUUUAUUUGUGAUGAUGGUGUCAAAUCGAGUACAGGUACGAUGUCAAGCGAUCAUUAUGAACAACCUCAACUCAGACAGCCAGAGCGGUCUACUCAGUACGGUAAAAGAGUUCUGCAGGAACAGAACUUCAUGUCAGGGGUCUCGAAAGGAGGGACAACUGAGUAUUCAAGAGAUCAGCAUUGCUCUAUAUUUAAAUUGCGAACAAACGUUGCAAACAUAGUAUCUGAAACCAUAACCAAGGAUUUCGUGGGCAUGACACGAAAUUCUAGUUCAAAUGCUGACGUUGAUACAACGUUGACACUUUCAUCUUGGUUUGGGAGAGACGAUACUGAUACGACUCUAAGACUGUGUUCUUGGAGUGAAGGUUCAAACUCGGACGGAUCUGGAGGAAACAAUGGAAAUGGACAACAAAUUCUACCUCCUAACAAUCGAACCAAGCUUGGACAGCCCGUCGGUCCAUCGAGCCUUCACAACACUAUACGAAAUAGAUCAGCUCAAAAUUCUUCAAUCGGAGCCAAUACCGCAUUCGGUCGGGAUAAUGAAGUUCAUUCAGGGCCCUACACGAGGCGAGAUUUGAUAACGCGACCACGUGGUCCAUACUUGGGUCGUGCCAAUUUUCGCUACAGACCUUCGUCAGUCCAAGUGCCCAAAGCCCAAGACAAUGUAGCCCAUCAGGGUGGAAGAGAAGAGCAAGCUGCGCACAACUUGGAGGCAGGACGAGAGCAUUGGGAGAGUCGGAAACUAAAUUUGGAGCAGCAAAUUGAACACUUCGUGAGACAUGAGUUUGAGAUUCGAGAAAUUCGAGCUCUUACACCGAUUGAGCAGGCUUGGUUUGAAAGAGUGAGACGAGAAGUCAAAUUACAGCUCGGCGAAGCCUACUCCCGUUCAGUUGAACGUUCCAAUGGGUCCUGUCGUGGGAAGACCUGCACAUGCUGGCGUGGAGCACGCGGAACACCUAGAGUCUGAAGCAGAGAGUGAAGUUACAACUGAAGCGUUGACAGAAAGUCCUUGCUCUCCAUCUAAGGAAGAAGACGAAGAAACAGAGAGCGCAUUCAGGCCAGAUCAAACAAGUUGAACAUUCAGAACCAGAUGGGGAGAGAGACGAAAGUGAACAAGCAAUGAAUGUGUUAGUUAUUAUGUUGUUGGUAAUGAAAUGACAGACCUCGGAUGUUGAUUAAAUGUACUAGUGUGGCGGAUUUGACUUGGGUUUGCAAAACUAUGUAACAAUAACCUUUCUACGG